AUGAAGAUUACUAGCUCAUCCACUCUUGGAACUUCACCUGAUAGGAAACAAACCCUGGACAGAAAGAUUGAUGGAGUUUCCGCCAUGGAAAGUAUUUCAUAUCUCCACCAUGCCCCUACGACAUUUCUCGGGUCUAGAGAUGGAGAUUAUCCACCAACCAGAAGCUUUAAGGAUGCCAAGGACAUAUGUUUUGCAGAGACCGUAAAGCUUUGGACCAUUGCAGGCCCCAUUGCCUUUAACUUGUUGUGCUACUAUGGUAUUAACUCCUCCACAGCCAUCUUUGUUGGACAUAUCGGAGACGUGGAGCUCUCUGCUGUUGCAAUCUCUCUGAAUGUCAUCGGAAAUUUCUCUUUUGGCUUCCUGUAUGGUAUGGCAAGUGCACUAGAAACACUAUGUGGGCAGGCAUUUGGUGCAGGGCAAGUAGGUCUGCUAGGAAUUUACUUGCAACGCUCAUGGAUUAUAAUGACUAUUGCGUGCUCCUGUUUACUGCCAAUUUACAUCUACGCAGCACCAGUCCUAAAGCUUCUUGGCCAAGACGAGAACAUCGCAGAUGUAGCCGGGAAAUUAUGUAUCCAAAUCAUCCCUCAAAUGUUUUCAAUGGCCAUCAACUUCCCAACCCAAAAGUUCUUGCAGGCACAGAGCAAAGUUUCAUUUCUGUCACUGUUUGGUUUUGCAACUCUCGUAUUACACAUAGGACUCCUAUGUGUCUUCCUCAAAGUUUUCGGUUGGGGAAUGAGCAGCGCUGCUGCAGCAUUUAACAUCUCAUCCUGGGCAAUGACGUUGGCUCAGGUGGUUUAUAUAGUUGGUUGGUGUAGAGAUGGCUGGAAGGGAUUGUCAUGGUUAGCUUUCAAGGACUUAUGGUCCUUUGCAAAACUCUCUGUAGCUUCAGCUAUUAUGCUUUGCCUAGAGAUUUGGUAUUUCAUGACCAUACUAGUUAUCACUGGCCACCUUGACAAUGCUGUUAUUGCUGUUGGCUCCCUUGCAAUAUGCAUGAAUGUGAAUGGCUGGGAAGCAAUACUGUUUGUUGGGAUCAAUGUUGCGAUAAGCGUUCGGGUCUCCAACGAGCUUGGAUCAGCACAUCCUAGAGCUGCAGAAUACUCUGUCAUUGUCGCCAUCACCGAGGCUCUCCUUCUUGGGAUUCUUUUCGGGGUGGUUAUUAUGGCUGCAAAGGACAAUUUUGCCAUCAUCUUUACCAACAGCAAAGAGAUGCAACAAGCCGUGUCUCGUAUAGCUUUCCUCCUUAGUAUUACAAUGGUGAUUAAUAGUGUUCAGCACGUUAUUUCAGGUGUUGCUGUUGGAGGAGGGUGGCAAGCUCUGGUGGCUUACAUAAACUUAUUUUGUUAUUAUAUUGUUGGGCUACCUACUGGGUUUUUUCUUGGUUACCGAACAAGUAUGAGAGUUGAGGGAAUUUGGGUUGGUAUGAUAUUUGGAACAGUUUUGCAGACACUCAUCCUCUUGUACAUCCUUUAUAAAACCAACUGGAUCAAGGAGGUUGAACGAGCUACAGAAACAAUUGAACAGUGGACUGAAGAAGAACUAGUAGAAAUUGAUCAAGAACACAAGAUUGGACAAGAAUUGAAGGUGGAUCUCUAA